GUUCUCCAUUUCAACACGCUGCGCGUUGGAGGAAGAGGAUUUGCUGCGUUUGAGCCGCUCGUGCAAUUGCUGAACUUGUCCACACCACGCGGUUUAUGAUCUCUGAAUAUCGCCUUCAGAAAGUGGAUACCCGCAAGUUUCCAAAGAGGAUCAGCUGUUUUCUCGACUAAACGCAGCCUGGUUGCUGUAUUAACGUUAAUUUAUUUACAAACUCAAAAUGGAGAAUGAUAACAAAUAUCUUCCUCAGCUGUUGGCAGAGAGAGACAGCCUGGAUGCAUCUUUCACACAUGCCAUGAAACUUUUGUCUGCAGAAAUUGAAAGAAUAGAGAAAGGCGACUCUGAAAACGAGGAGAAGUCAGCCGAAGCCUACCUGGACCUCUUCACGACCAAGAACAUCAAGCUGAAGGAGCGAGUCCUCAUACCCGUCAAACAGUACCCCAAGUUCAAUUUUGUGGGAAAGAUCCUUGGACCUCAGGGAAACACAAUAAAGCGUUUGCAGGAGGAGACGGGCGCCAAGAUUUCAGUCCUGGGGAAGGGAUCCAUGCGGGAUAAAACAAAGGAGGAGGGCCUUCGGAAGAGCGGCGAGCCCAAAUAUGCUCACCUGUCCAUGGAGCUGCACGUGUUCAUUGAGGUCUUCGCACCUGUCCCAGAGGCCUACCUGCGCAUGGCCCACGCCAUGGAGGAGGUUAAGAAGUUCCUGUUCCCGGACAUGAUGGACGAUAUUUGCCAGGAGCAGUUCAGGGAGAUGAACUACCUGAACGGCGCCCCCGAGCAGCACCCCCCUCGUGGCCGAGGAGGCCCCCCAGUCAGAGGCCGAGGGGCGCCCCACCCGCCCUCCGCCCCAUUAAGGGGUAGGGGCAUUCCACCGCGUGGAGGCGCUCCGCGCGGAGGACCCCCCAGAGGUGGUGCGGUGAGAGGUGCCCCAGCGGGUAGAGGGGGACCCCCGGCCCAACCCACCAGAGGAGCGGCUGCCACCCGCGCACACCCGCCGGCACCCGGACCCCCCCAGCGCAUGGCACCCCCGCCCCCACCUGCACAGGAGACGUAUGAUGAAUAUGCUUAUGACGAGAACUACACAGAACCGUCUUAUGAGUCAUAUGACAACUAUUACAAUCAGACACAGGCGGAGCCAGAGUAUUAUGACUACGGACACGGAGAGACGCAAGAAAGUUACGACUCAUACGCUCAGGACGACUGGAACGGAACUCACCGCACGACAACCGGAGCCAAGGCCCCUCCUGCGCGGCCAGCGAAAGGGACAUACCGGGAACCCCGCUACGCGCCGUACUGAGCCCCUAAAGAGCAAGAACAGUCUCCCCUUCCUUAACGCGUCGCCAUGACAACUGUCUCCCAGGGCAGCUCACGCUUUAAAGCAACCCCAACAAAAGUAGUGUGAGUGGAUCACUGCAAUGGAUGAAGGCAUCUGAGGAGAACCAAAAAAGGUUGAAUUCUUGGCUCAGGGAAGGCCUCUGCCAUGGUACCGCCGUAGGAGGAACACGUGCAGAAUGAACUGGAACACCAAGCCGCGUGGAUCCAGUCUAUUGUCAAAGGAAGAUGGGUAGACAUAGAGAGAAAGAGAAAGAGAGAGAGAGAGUGAUGGGCAAAUGUUAGUGGAGCAAAUGUUCCAGCAAAGUCAUAAAUAUACAUCAGGAGCUUUGAUCCAUAUUGUUUAAUGUUAAUGGAGGCGGCCUGUUUUUAUUUUUUUUUUUUUUAAAAGACUUUUCAAGGUUUUAAAUGUAUGCCUCCUAUCUCAGCAAGGUCCAGUUAGCUGAUGUUUGACUGUUUUGAAUCCAGAGGUAUUAAUAUUCUUUAAAAAACAUGUUGCUCUUAACUGUUCUUGGGAUUGCAGCCAACAAUAAAGGUACUCAAGGUUUUUUACAUCCUG